UCCCCCUUUUAGCUACCCAUUACCCACCACCCUCCCUCAGUUUGAAAACCAGAACAGAGCUUAUUCAGCCAUGCAUAUGUAUUGCAUCCGUGGAAAUCUUCGUCGUAGGCGUGUUCCAAUUUCACUCUCUUUAUCCGAUUCUCAACCCGAAACUGAGCUUCUCCAAUCGUUGCCAGUGAAUUUGGAGUAGGCGUGAAUUUAUAUAAAUAUAUAUACAUAUAUAUAUGUUUGCAUAUAUGCUAGGGUUUCUGUUCGGAGUUAGUUGAUUUCAAACGAGUUUGUACAUGGAGGAAGAGGGCAAGGUCUGCGGGGAAUCGAUGCCGGAGACAGGAAUUCCGGCGGGGUUGAACCGAAUCAAGACCCGACGGGUGAGUCUGAAAGACCCGCGGAGGUCAAGGUGUGAUCAUGAUGCCGAAAAAAUUUUCGAUUCUCGGACUGGCGGACUUCCGAGUUAUUGCGGGAAUUUGAAACAACGAGGACAUGGAAACCGCGAUGGUUCUACGGAAGGGCGCCAUAAAGGGAAGAAGAUAGCUCGUUGGUUCAGAUCACAUAUUUUCAAAGAUUCCAAUAAUCAAUAUAUCAACGAUGCUACUCCAAAUUCAGGGUAUAGUGAGCCAGAUGUUAAGGGAUUUGUCAAGGAGUGCCUAAGAACUAGACUACACAAGGUGGGGAAGCAAGCAAUUGCACACCAAACUUCACCAGAAAGCAUGUGUACCAUCAAAGUGCCAAAAGGUCUAAAAAGUUUCUCACACGAACUGGGACCAACAGGUGGCAUUUAUCCUCUGCAUCCUCGGUCUCAUAGCUAUGACAAUUUGAAGGAACUUCUGGGAUCGCUGCGUUCAAGAUUCGAUGCUGUAAAAGAAGUUGUCAAUUUGGAGUUGGGUUGUUUUGCUGGGGAGGUGAUGGAACUCUUGGACAAACCAAACUUCUUAUGUCCAGAAGCACAGAAAUUGUUAGAGGAUCUCCUGAUUCUUUGUCAGGACUGUGUUAAAAUGACCUCCUUACAGUUUCGUACCAAGUGUGAAACAAUUGUUCAAGAUUUGACUGACAAGAGGAAGCAAUGCCAAACGGGAUUGCUCAAGUGGUUGUUUACACGGAUGCUUUUUAUAUUGACACGUUGUACAAGACUGUUGCAUUUUGAGAGAGGCAGUGAGCCAAUUGAUGAGAAAUCCCUUCAUAAAUUUAAGAAAUGCUUAGACAGUGUUCCAGUGGUCGAAAUGAACUGGGAUCCUGAUCGAGUGAUUGCCGAUUCUGGUCCAUUUUUUUCUUUAAGCCAGUUGAGAGAUAUUAAACAUGGAUUACAGGAAGAAAGUAAGGUCCCUAGGUCCCUUGAAAAAACUGCAUGCCAGUUUGACAUGGUGGCAGCUAAUGAGCCUAAAAUUGCUUCGAGAAAGGAUUUUAUGGCUAUUGACCUUAAUUCUCUUCCUCAAAGCUUGCAGUCUGAUUUGCUUUCACGCACUAAAGAAUAUCAUCAACUUGAUGGUAGUUGUCUAAUAGACACGGCUAGUUGUUCAGUUGAUGAGCAGGAAAGAAACUCAGAUGGAUGUGAUUCAGUUAUUUGCAGGAUAUGUGAAGAAAUAGUUGCAACUUCACACUUGGAAUCUCAUUCCUACAUAUGUGCUUAUGCCGAAAAAUGUGAUCUGAAAUGCUCGGACAUGGAUGACCGUCUGUUAAAACUUGCAGAGAUGCUGGAACAAAUUAUACAGUCGUUCAAUAUAAGUGUCCAUGGAUCAUAUGAUAGCCCUGAAGGUUCAAGAAUUCGAAUCCCAGAUCCUGCAAUUGUAUCUGAAGGUUGUUCUCCAAAGAUAAGUGAGUGGCGAAGUAAAGGCGUUGAGGGAAUGUUUGAGGAUCUUCAUGAGAUGGAUACUGCAUGUAUUGAUGAUUCUCAUGUUGCAACCACUAAUUUGAAGGGUCUCUCUGGCAUGAAGCUUGUCCAUUGUGGUCCACCUUCCUCAGCUGGAAGCAUAACAUCAGGAUCUUCAACGAAUACUCCUAAAACUAAUCAUUUUGACUUCUUCUGGCUAGAGCAUAGUAAUUCUUCAGAGUUGGAGAGUGUGCAACAAAUGACUGAUCUGGUGGACAUUGCUCGAUGUGUAGCUGGCACAGAUCUUUCUGAGGAAGGGUCCAGUGAGUUUUUACUUGCUUGUCUAGAAGAUUUACAGGAUGUUUUACAACAUAGCAAGAUGAAAGCUCUUGUGGUAGACACAUUUGGAAACCGGAUAGAGAGUCUGCUGCGAGAGAAGUAUAUACUUGCCUGUGAUCUAUUGGAUGCUAAAGGCACGGAGAAUAAUAGUGGACAAAUUGGAAGCUAUAACGUUUUGCUGGAUAUGGCAUCUCAGAGUAGUACAAUGUCAACUCCUCGAUAUCACUCACAUAAAGAACGCACAAGCAUCGAGGACUUUGAGAUUAUUAAACCAAUUAGCAAAGGUGCCUUUGGUAAAGUCUUUCUUGCCCGUAAGCGAACAACAGGGGAUUUAUUUGCAAUAAAGGUGCUCAAGAAAUUGGAUAUGAUAAGGAAAAAUGAUAUUGAGCACAUACUGGCCGAGCGUAAUAUCUUGAUAACUGUUAGAAACCCUUUUGUGGUCCGGUUCUUUUAUUCAUUCACCAGUAGAGACAACCUUUAUUUGGUUAUGGAAUAUCUCAAUGGUGGUGAUUUAUACUCUUUGCUUAGAAAAGUUGGUUGCCUUGAAGAACAUGUAGCUCGUAUCUACAUUGCAGAACUGGUUCUUGCGUUAGAGUACCUGCAUUCUCUUGGAAUUGUGCACCGUGACUUGAAGCCAGAUAACAUACUGAUUGCACAUGAUGGGCAUAUCAAGCUUACAGACUUUGGGUUAUCCAAAAUUGGCCUCAUGAACAGUACGGGUGACUUACCUGGACCUGAUACAGAUGGAGUUGUUCUAUUAGAUGCACAUGGUCAACACACUCUAGAAAGAGAUGAGAGAAAUGAGCAUGCAGCUGUUGGCACUCCAGACUAUUUGGCACCUGAGAUUCUUCUUGGAACUGAACAUGGUUAUGCCGCAGAUUGGUGGUCCGUGGGAAUUAUCCUAUUUGAGUUUAUCACUGGAAUCCCUCCAUUCACUGCAGAACGUCCAGAGAUGAUCUUCGAUAACAUUCUUAACAGGAAAGUUCCCUGGCCUUCUGUUCCUGAUGACAUGUCUUAUGAAGCCCAAGACUUGAUUGACAGGUUCCUUGCUCAUGAUCCUGAUCAGCGUCUUGGUGCAAAAGGAUCUUCAGAGGUGAAAGCACACCCAUUCUUUAAGGGAGUUAAUUGGGACACCCUUGCCUUACAGAAGGCUGCAUUUGUACCUCGACCUGACAGUGUAGAUGACACGAGCUAUUUCAUGUCGAGGUAUUCACAAUUUUCAAAUGGAUUGCAACAUGAUCCCGCCCCUACUGAAACUGCUUCUGACAUUAGUGACUCAAAUUCUGGAGCCGAGAAAAUGGAUGAAUGCGGUGAUCUUGAACAGUUUGAAUCAAGUUUUGAUCUCUCCCUGAUAAACUUUUCUUUCAAGAAUUUGUCACAGUUGGCAACCAUCAACCACGAUGUGCUCUUACAAAAUUGGAGGAGUCCAUCUAAGUGCUCAUCUUGCAGCAAAGAUCCAAAUUUGUAGCCUUUCUUGUCUCUCCCCCCGCUUAUUUAGGAAACAGCAACUUUGUAAUCUAUAGUAGUGUAAAAUUAUUAGCUUCAUUGGAGCAGCAGCCUCCUGGCCCUGGUUAAUGAAUUAAGUUCCAAGGGAUAAUAAAUAAGAAAGCAUCAGGAUGAUCUCAUAGCUUAAGCUGGCCAUUGCUUUGGUCACUUUCUAUA